GAGCUAUCUUGGUGAUUUUAGAUUCCCUAUAGGCAUGCAUUCUUCAGAUCCUGAUGCCAUUCCUAUACUACUCGAGCCUCCGACUUCACGAGCAGGUCUUUCUUCGAUUGAAAAACUUCCUGUUGAAUUGCUGACAGAUAUAGCGCUCCUUCUUCCCUUGAACACCUUUAUCGCUUUUCCUGCCUCGUCCCGAAGCCUUCGUUUCCAGCUUUGGGGUUUCGCUUCAGAUCGCGAUGCUAUGGUUCGCAAGUGGAUCAAAAAUAUGGCACCCUGGUAUGAAAUCCCACGGGACGUAUCCUCAGCAGCAAAUGAAGAUAAAAUGGGGUGGGCAUAUUUGAAGAGAUGCACGGAAAGUGGGUCGAUGAGGAAUAGGCGGCGGAUUUGGUUGACUGCAGAGCGUAUCGAAAAGUUGGCAGAUAAGACGGGAGUUUGAGACUGCCUCUCGUCUGUGUUUGAUCGCUAAAUGGGUGCUGAGCACAAGAUUACCCCGCCUUCACCUUCCUAUAGCUACUGCAUAACUGGUAGGCUAAUGUAGUAAGUAGGUCAUGUGUUCUGCAGUGUCACGGCGUAUUUCUAACAAACUCACUUCUGGAUCGCGUCAUAUUCUCACCACGGACCUUUAUCAAAGCAUUAUCAAUGCUAUUUUGUUUACAUUGCAUCCUAAGACUUCUUCACGCUAGAUACGUUGAAGUAAACAUAAAGCGAUCAUGGCUGCUAACUUUUCCAGUGUCCCGAUACUUGAUUUUGCUCUUGUCUCUGAUCCGGCAAGGAAGCCAGAGUUCAUCUUGCAGCUGCGGCACGCUCUCAUCAACGUCGGUUUCCUCUAUCUGAAGAACCCACCUGUAGCACGAAAAGAUAUCGAUGCCCUGAUCGACUACAUACCCCGUCUGUUCGCUCUGCCCCAACAGGCCAAAGAUAGCAUUCGUAUGGCCAACUCUCCUCAUUUCCUUGGCUACUCCAAGCUUGGUGCCGAAUUCACCAAGGGGAAGACUGAUUAUAGGGAGCAGUUCGACUUCGCGACGCCCCAUGAAACGCAGUGGCGACCUGGUGCUCCUGAGUACCUCCGGCUUUGGGGCCCAUCGCAGUGGCCUGAUGAGGAUCAGUUGCCUGGCUUCAAGGACACAAUGGAGCGAUACCUGGCUCAAGUCCAGUCGCUGAGCUACGAUUUCAGUCGCUUGCUUGCUGAAGCAUUUUCUCUGGCUCCCGACGCUCUCGCCCACUUUUAUGACUCAGACGAGUUCAUGCAACAUCGCGGAAAAGUUGUAAAGUACCCUGCCAAUGAUGGCUCUCUAUCUGAUCAAGGAGUCGGGCCUCACUAUGAUGCAGGUUUCUUAACCUUCCUCUUGCAAGCUUCUGCGCAUCCUGGCCUUCAGGUGCAAAAUCUAUCAGGGGAAUGGAUCGAUGCACCUCCCAUCCCUGGGACCUUCGUGGUGAAUAUCGGGAAAGCGCUUGAGUUUGCCACCCAGGGCUUGGCGCGUGCUACGUCCCACCGUGUCCUGUCCCCGCCCAUAGGGUCGACUCCUCGGUACUCGGUCCCCUUCUUCCAGAACAUCAGUUUGAAUGCUCGCCUUGUUGAUGAGGUGCUUGAAUUCCCCCCCGAGGUUUUGAAGCUGAAGGAACUGAGAGGCGAGGCGGCUGCUACUGACUCUGUAAACUUUACCGAGUUUGACCGGGAACCGUCUGGAAAAGUUAAUCUUAUUGGAAGGGUCAAGAGCCAUCCGGACGUUGCAGAACGCCACUACCCUGAUCUGUUCAAGCAGAUAUUUCCACAGGGCCUACCUGCUCAGGUGUCAGCCUACUAGGCAGUCCGUACUUGACACUUCGCAUAAGCUAGUUGUGCACCUGAGGUGAAAGUGAAGUGAACUUGUGGCUAAUUCCAGGUUUGUAGAAAUCGCAGAAGACAAUUGUGGUUCGGAAAUCUGGAACAUAUGCGUUCGGAAAUAUAAGACUAGUAGAUCUAACAUGUGCAUGGUUGAAUAAAUAUACAAUGUAAUAAAUCGUUCUAUGAAACGGUGGGGUAAAGUAAAACCCUUAAAUAAAACCAUUCAUGUCCCAGCUCAAAUCACACCCUUCCUUUCCACGUCCUCCACAAUGCGAGGGUGCCACAGCACGCAGCGAUAGCUGCUCCACUGCUCAACCAGAACGUCGGCUGCCAACAUCUCACGCCCUCACAAACACCUCCGCCUUCAGUAUUGUGUUCCGCGACAAAUGCGUACAGGUAGGAAAAAGAUGGGGUACCAAGGAAGGGUGCGUAAGUGAGAAUGCCGUAGUUUCGUCCGAGGUUCGAGAGACCCCACACGGAUGA